AUGACUCAAAGGGCUUGUAUCGGAUUCAAUGCUUCCUUUAUCAUCUUCAUUGUCUUCGUCAUUGGGAUCAGACUUUACUCCAGAUACGGCAUCACCAAGUCGGGAGGCCCAGAUGAUAUCGUGAUGGUUGCUGGCACCAUCGCGACAAUUAUCAUGUCAAUAUGCAUCGUUAUUUCUGUCUCUAAUGGCCUCGGACUCAUUAUCGCCGACAUUCCACCCGAAAGUUGGAAGCCCAUGUUACUUGCUUUCUGGAUCUCCCGAGUCUUCUACGCCUUCGCUUUGACGCUAGUAAAGAUAGCCCUGCUGCUGUUUUACCUGCGUCUCGAUCACCGACCAAGAAUGCGAUGGAUAGUGUUUGGGUUGAUGGCGGUCGUCAUCGCGACGGGGAUCGCCCACGCCGGCAUUUCCAUCUUCGAGUGCAGCCCGCCUGCAAUAUUCUGGACAUUUGGAGGCAACUUUAGGAUAUUUGGAGAACACUGCAUGACGGCGGCUACGCAACAAAAGUUCUGGGACGCGACUGGGGCCAUUGUUGUGGUGACGGACCUGUGCUUAUGGCUUUGCCCGAUACCCAUGGUCUGGUCGUUGCAGCUUCCCAUACGUCAGAGGAUAGCGGUUUCUGCCGUAUUUGCCCUCGGAAUAAUUUCUGUUGCAGCUGCCUGUACGCGCUUCUACUACGUACGAAAACUGGCAUCGACAAAAGAGAUCUACCAACAAUUUGCCGAGUCACUUAUCUGGUACUCGCUGGAGAUUUACCUCGCCAUCUUCUGUGGAUGCACCUCUGCCUUCAAGGUCUUUCUCAGGAAACAUUUCCAAUCGCUACUGGGCUCCUUAGCUUCCAAGACCAGAUACGUCCUCGGUAGUAGCGGCAAGAACGGCAAUGUGAGAAUGACGGCUUCAUCGUUUCCCAUGCAGAACUUAUCAGGGCGGCACACGGGACGAAGAACCACGAUCACGGCGGUUGAUACUUGUGAAGGGUCUGAAGCGCGGAACGAGGUUCCGCCAACUAAUGAUAGUGAAGAGGCUAUUGUUCCCAAAGCCAUCGUCACCAAUUGGGAUUCACGUAAGGAAUAG